AUGACAUCCAUCGAGCCCGCGCGCCCGCGCAAAUCCCUCAUCCUCAACGCCUUCGUUGAGAUGUGCAGUGGACACCAAUCGCCGGGUCUGUGGCGCCACCCCGAGGACGAAUCGCACCGCUUCAACGACAUCGAGCAUUGGACGGAGCUGGCACAGCUGCUGGAGGCGGCUAAGUUCCACGGGAUCUUUAUCGCGGAUGUUCUAGGCGGCUAUGACGUGUACAAGGGCCCCCGCAACUUGGGGCCGGCGAUCGCCUCGGGCGCGCAGUGGCCGGUCAACGAGCCGCUGGCGGUCGUGCCUGCGAUGGCGGCGGUGACGAAGAGCAUCGGGUUCGGGGUGACGGUGGCGACGACGUACGAGCAGCCGUACCACCUGGCGCGGCGGCUGUCGACGGUGGAUCAUCUGACCAAGGGGCGUGUCGGGUGGAAUGUAGUAACAGGGUACCUCGACUCGGCCGCCCGCAAUUUAGGUCUCACCGAACAGCCCCAGCACGACACCCGCUACGCCACAGCCGAAGAAUACCUGCGCGUGACCUACAAACUCUGGGAAUCCUCCUGGCGCGACGACGCGGUGCAGCUCUCCCGGACCACGGGGAUCUACACCUCCCCGGAGCUGGUCCGGCCCAUCAACCACACCGGCCCCAACUUCACCGUCCCCGGACCGCACCUCUGCCAGCCGUCUCCGCAGCGCACGCCCGUCAUCCUGCAAGCGGGGACGUCCAAAUCCGGUAAGCUGUUCGCGGCGCAGCACGCGGAGGCGAUCUUCGUGGCGGGCCACUCGCCCUCCGUCGUCAAGAAUAACAUCGCUGAGAUCAGGGAGCUGGCCGCCUCGCAAUUUGGGCGGGACGGCACGAGCAUCAAGUUCCUGGCGUUGCUGUGUCCCGUUCUCGGGGCGACGGAGGAGGAGGCCCGCAACACGUUCAAAGAGUAUCAGAGCUACGGGGAUGUGGAAGGGGCGUUGGCGUUGUUUGGCGGGUGGACGGGGAUUGAUUUGAGUCAGUAUGGCGAGGAGGAGGAGUUGCGCGGGGUGCAGAGUAAUGCUAUUCGGUCUGCCGUGGAAGGCUGGUCGAAAGCCACCCCGGAAGUGGCCAAGUGGACCAAGGCCACCGUCGGCCGCCAUAUCACCGUCGGCGGGCUGGGGGCGACGCCUGUGGGCACGCCGGCGCAGGUGGCCGAUGAGAUGGAGCGGUGGGUCGCCGAGGCGGAUGUCGAUGGAUUUAAUUUGGCAUACGCCAUCAAACCCGGCUCGUUCAAGGAUAUCAUCGACCUGCUGCUGCCGGAGCUGCGGAAACGGGGUCUCUUCUGGGAGGACUACGCGGUGCCGCGGGGCACGUAUCGCGAGAACCUGUACGGCCGGAGGGGCCAGACGGGGCCGCCGGAAGGCCAUCCCGCCGCCAAGUAUCGGUGGCGUGCUGGGGUGGCGGCGGAGGAGCAUCAGAUUCCGGAGUGA